AUGAUGGUGUACAGAUUGAGGCGACCCAUAGCGACAAGGCACGGCUGGUUUUCUUCUUGUGUGUACGAAGUACAAAGACCCGUCGUUUGCCCCCUUAGGCCUGAUGAUUUUUGGAGGUUGGUCCGGCUCGUGUAUCAGAGUGUCCCGAAAACAGAAAAGAAAAUGUCAGCCACGCUUCUCAGAUCCCCGGCGGAUGGAGGCAGCUGCGAGCAACAACUUGAACCUCCCUUCCAAAUCCCUGAGGGAAAGCCUAGUGAGACCGUUAGUCAAGCGGUGGUGGCCGAUAAACCAACUCCCGCAACUGCAAGUGCCGUUCCAGAUCCUUCCAAGUUGGUGAAAGAUGGAUCUCCAAGCGAUGCUGUCCAUGCUCGUUGCUGGAGCCAGGCUGUCAAGAUAUUCAAUGAGAAGUUGACCAAGGACCCGGGCAAGCGAAUCGACUUGAGCUCCGCCACGUCCUCCGGUCAGCAUCCUUCCUGCACUCUGGACGAGAUCCUGCACGAGACGCACCGGGCCAGAGACAAGUUCAACCAGAAUUAUGGACCAUUCCGCCGGCGGUUUGACAACAUCCUGAUGGCCUUCAACCAAUACGCGGCGUCAAUUGAUGUCAUGAUACAGCAAUCACCACACACGACCGCCUUAGUGUGGGGCUCAAUCCGGGCAGUGAUCGGAUUAGUAGUCACAGAGAUCGAGGUCAACGAGAGCGUCAUCGAGACGCUGGCAACCAUUGCACCAAAUAUUGGCCGCUGGAUGAAAUAUCUUCAACUGUUUCCGACCGAGACCCUCUUGUUUGAUGCCAUCUCCACAGCCAGCGCCCACGUGCUGAACUACCUUGUGCGAGCCCGACUUCUCCUCGAGAAGUCCCGGCGUGCGCGGAUUGCAACUGCAAGCUUCAAACCAAUCAAAGGCAAACUCGAAGCCAUUGUUCGACAGGUGGAGGGGCACGGACUUAUCGUAGAGCGUGAAUACGCCGCCACAGCUGUUAGAGGACAAGUUCAAGCCAUUAAAGCUCAAGCAAAAGGGCGCGAAGACAUCGAAAAAGAGGCAAUCAAGCAGGAACAAUUUCGACUCGAAUCCCAGGACCUUUACAGGCGCAUUAAAGCUGGGCUGAAUCUCCAAGAAGAGACUCUCGAACUUAAUCGAAAUAUGUAUCGAUUCAUGCAGGAGCUCUCGCUCGCGGAGGCGGAACGUCACCAGGAGGAGCUCACCAGGAUGUGGGUUGAGAAGAUCUUGGACUGGCUAUCUCCCGAACCGUGUCCGAUUCCUGCCGUCAAACGGGCAGCGUCGACCUGUUCAUGGAUCUUCGACUCGCAGCAAUAUCAGGUGUGGACCGCAAACCAUUUCUCCCAACUUCUUUGGAUAUAUGGAAUCCCUGGGUGUGGAAAGACGAUGCUUGCUCAAUUUCUGGCCGAACAAUCGCCCACGCCCAUCACGAUCACACACUUUUUCCGCAGUUCGCUUUCCACGAAUUUAGCCUCUGUAAUCCCACUCGUGUCCUCACUUCUUUCACAGCUCUUGAAACAACCGAGUAUCACCAGCAGUUCCGACUUCCCGAGACAUGUUCAAGAGAUCAUCCCAAUGUUUGACCACUACAAGACGCCCCACGACUGUCCAUUCAUCCGACUUUGGGCAAUUCUGGAGACACUACUUCCCCAAUUACCUGCCUUCACACUCAUUGUUGAUGCUCUCGAUGAGUGCCAGGGUGUAGACGACAACGAUGAUCUACUGAAGUGUCUCCACGGGCUGUCUGAACUACCCAAUGCACGCACAAUCGUCCUCUCAAGGUAUCAUAGCAAAUUUGAAGAGCCUUUCAGCAACGCAAUCCGUAUUCCUGUGACACCGGAUGUUGUUUCUGCCGACAUUGAACGGUUUGUGGAAGAAGAAGUCGAUCGUCAACCACUGCUGCAGGGGAUCAAAGAAAAGCUGCUGCAAAGAAUUGACUCCGACUGUCAAGGUAUGUUUCUCUGGGCGAGAAUGAUGAUUGACUGCCUCGCCCGGGCAAAGACACACAACGCGCAGGAGCGUGCACUUUCUUCAUUUCCUCUUGGACUGGACAACGUCUACGAGAAGCUUCUUGCGGACACCGCUAGGACGUUGGAGGCAAGCGAAUUGGCUCUCAGGCGAGAGAUCUUCCUGAUUGUGGUUGCUGCUGCACGGCCACUGUCACUUACCGAGCUCUCUCACUUUGUUGCCUACAAAGCACAAACCUCUUCCCUAGAUGAGAAGGAUCUUUUUCUCGACCCAUUUGAAGCCAUCCAGCAAUUGUGUUGGCCGCUUGUGCGGGUGGCUAAUGGCCAUGUUGAGAUGGUACACAUGUCUGUCAAAGACUUUCUAACACGGUCCGCCCCAAAGAACGCAUCGUUGAAGAUCUCGUUAUCCGAAGGAAACGAAUAUUUGGCCAAGAAGACUCUUGCGAAGCUUAAUGAGAUCCAGUACCGUGAACCGACCCUCCUCGCACGGUUCAUUCGGAAACACGCUCAUCCUGACGGUUAUGGUGCGGAGGAAUUGGAUAUUGAACGUGGCCCGCACACUGAUGUGCUGUACAAGUACGCUUGUCAGCACUGGCAAAUGCACAUCUGCCAAGUGGACGAGCCUGGAGAUUUCAUUGUCCGUCAUUUAGGCAACUUCAUGACCUCGAAUCAAUUCGUCUGCUGGGCAGAGGUGUUUUAUGCCUUGAACUCUGCCGAUGACAUGUCCAUCUUGAUGCGCCCACAGUCUGCGCUUCGCUCCUGGGUCACGCUCCUACCCCCAAGGUUGCGGAGUCAAAUUCCCCUCCAACAAUUCUGUGUUGGGCCAUAUCACAAAGUGGCUGAAUCAUUCCGCACUUUCGAUGACAAGUUGUUGCCGUACCUGGCCCUCAAGCGUCUCGGUGAGUUUUGCAACUUGUCUGGGCGUGUAGACGAAAGCUAUGGAACCAGGCAUACCGUUGCUGCUGGAUUGACAGAGAUGCUGGGUGCCAACCAUCCCCUGACACUCCAGGCUCGAUCUGUUGCAGCGAUUGAAGCAUACGCUCAGGGUGACCACAAGAACAGCUACGAUCUCCUGCUAGACAUUUCCAAGCGACAACUCGAAAUUUUGGGUCCGGAGCGGCCCGACUCAUUCUUGAGUUUGCAAUACGCCGCCGUGGUCGCAUUCAUCAUGACGCGAUUCCAAGAAUCGGCAGAGAAUCAAGCAAGGGCUCAAGCGGGUCUUUGGCGUACGCUCGGUCCACUGGCCGCUGAGGUGCUCAAAGGGCAGAUGUUUCGAGGAUGGGCGAUGGAAGCUCUGGGACAGUUCUCCGAGGCCAUCGAUUUAUAUGGCGACAUCUACAAGAUCUGGACGUCCACCUUGACCAUUGAAAAUUCCAAGUCGACCUACGUGCAAUGUUCGCUGGCGGCUGCUUUGCGCAAACGUGGCCGAGGGUCGGACCUUGACCGGGCCCGGGUGCUUCUCGAGGAGAAUAUCCAUGUUCGGCAAAGGUUAUUCGGUACCGAAGCCGCGAUCGUAGCGGACUCUAUCCUGCAACUAGCAUUGACGUAUCGUACUUUGGGCAAAUUGGACGAUGCGAGGGGGUUUCUGUCGCUCGUGGAUGCACCUUGGGUCACAGACAAGAGCUUCGAGCGGAAAUGUGAAAUCGGCUACAUGAAGGCAUUGCUGGCGCUUGACGAAGAGGACAAAGACGAAGCAGUUUCCCACAUGGAGGGCCUGUUGCAUGAGUCCACGGAGCUGGGAAGAGACAGCAACAAUCGCACGCUCAUGUGGCUUCGACUGACUUUGGCCGACCUUCUUCGCAAGCGAAACGAGCCUGAUGCAGCCUCGUCGUUGUUCAGUGACUUGGUGAAGAAGGUGCGAGUGCCCUCCACUUCGACGCCACCUGCAGAGAUGGAAGGAAUGCAGCAGCACGAAGAGGACGAAAGCUCGACCCCGGGCCUGUCGCCAGCGGACUCAUUGACUGGUGAGCCUGAGCCAGCUGCCCAGCUGCGGCUAGCAGAAACGAUCUUGUGGCAUCUUAGGCGGCUCGAGUCUGCCGAGGCCAAGGCACUGAUGCACACACAUCAGCUGGAGUGGACGAGGGAGAUGGAUCUGUGGGUCAACGAUGAAGGCCCGCAGGUGGAUCUGGGAUAUAUCAAGGACUAUUGUCAUUAUGAUGGUCGGUAG